AUGAGUUCGGACAGUGACAUGAGCGUAUUCGGGGAGGCUGCUCCGUACCUGAGGAGACCUGAACGAGAGAGAAUCGAAGCCCAGAACAGGCCCUUCGAUGCCAAAACUGCAGUGUUUGUGGUGGAUCCAAAGGAGCUGUUUGUUAAAGGCACGCUGCAAAGUAAAGACGGCGGCAAAGCAACCGUUAAAACUGAGGCAGGGCAGGUCGUCACGGUGAAGGAUGACCAAGUCUUCCCCAUGAACCCGCCCAAGUUCGACAAGAUCGAGGACAUGGCCAUGAUGACGCACCUGAACGAGGCCGCCGUGCUGUACAACCUCAAAGAGCGUUACGCAGCGUGGAUGAUCUACACCUACUCAGGGCUGUUCUGUGUCACUGUGAACCCUUAUAAGUGGCUCCCAGUCUACAACCAGCAGGUGGUGGUGGCCUACAGGGGCAAAAAGCGCCAGGAGGCUCCACCACACAUCUUCUCCAUCUCUGACAACGCCUACCAGUUCAUGCUCACUGAUCGAGAAAACCAGUCCAUCCUGAUCACCGGAGAAUCCGGUGCAGGAAAGACCGUCAACACCAAACGUGUCAUCCAGUACUUUGCGACAAUUGCAGGGUCUGGGGACAGGAAGAAAGAUGCUAACACCUCUGGAAAAUUACAGGGGAACCUGGAGGACCAGAUCAUCUCUGCUAACCCUCUGCUGGAGGCUUUCGGAAACGCCAAGACUGUCAGAAAUGAUAAUUCUUCACGUUUUGGCAAAUUCAUAAGAAUCCACUUUGGAACGACAGGAAAACUGGCUUCGGCUGAUAUUGAAACUUACUUGUUGGAAAAAUCCAGAGUAACGUUUCAACUGGCGUCCGAGAGGAGUUACCAUAUUUUCUACCAGAUCAUGUCCAACAAGAAGCCCGAGCUCAUAGAGACUCUCCUCAUCACCACCAACCCCUUCGACUUCCCGUUCAUCAGCCAGGGGGAGAUCAGUGUGGCCAGUAUCAACGACAGUGACGAGCUCAUGGCCACUCAUAGCGCUAUCGAGGUCCUCGGCUUCACUGGAGAGGAGAGGAUUGGCAUCUACAAGCUGACAGGUGCUGUGAUGCAUUAUGGGAAUAUGAAGUUCAAGCAGAAGCAGAGAGAGGAGCAGGCGGAGCCAGAUGGAACAGAGGUGGCUGACAAAUCAGCGUACCUGAUGGGUCUGAACUCUGCAGACCUGCUGAAAGCACUGUGUUACCCCAGAGUGAAGGUUGGGAAUGAGUAUGUGACCAAAGGGCAGACUGUUCAGCAGGUCUACAACUCUAUCGGCGCUCUGGCCAAAUCCGUCUAUGAGAAGAUGUUUAUGUGGAUGGUCCUCCGCAUCAAUCAGAUGCUGGACACCAAGCAGCCCAGACAGUUCUUCAUCGGAGUCCUGGACAUCGCUGGGUUUGAGAUCUUUGAUUACAACAGUCUGGAGCAGCUGUGCAUCAACUUCACCAACGAGAAACUGCAACAGUUUUUCAACCAUCACAUGUUCGUGCUGGAGCAGGAGGAGUAUAAGAAAGAGGGAAUCGAGUGGGAGUUCAUUGACUUCGGGAUGGACCUGGCUGCUUGUAUAGAGCUCAUUGAAAAGCCGAUGGGAAUCUUCUCCAUCCUCGAAGAGGAGUGUAUGUUCCCCAAGGCGUCAGACACCACUUUCAAAAACAAGCUGUACGACCAACAUCUGGGGAAAUCGAGCAACUUCCAGAAGCCCAAGCCUGUCAAAGGCAAGGCUGAGGCUCACUUCUCCCUGGUGCACUACGCUGGCACCGUAGACUACAGCAUCACGGGCUGGCUGGACAAGAACAAGGACCCGCUGAAUGAGACUGUGGUCCAGCUGUAUCAGAAAGCUGGCCUCAAGCUGUUAGCCUUCCUCUAUUCUACCUACUCUUCAUCUGAUGGAAGUGGCGGAGCUGGCACUGCUGCUAAGAAAGCAUCAAAGAAGAAAGGCUCGUCCUUCCAGACUGUGUCGGCGCUCUUCAGGGAGAACCUGGGAAAGCUGAUGACGAAUCUGAAGAGCACCCAUCCUCACUUUGUCAGGUGUCUGAUUCCAAAUGAAACUAAAACUCCAGGGAUAAUGGAGCACCAUCUGGUCAUCCAUCAGCUGCGAUGUAAUGGCGUGCUGGAAGGAAUCAGGAUCUGCAGGAAGGGCUUCCCCAGUCGGAUUCUGUACGGGGAUUUCAAGCAGAGGUACAAAGUACUAAAUGCUAGUGUGAUUCCCGAGGGACAGUUCAUCGACAACAAGAAGGCUGCUGAGAAGCUCCUGGGGUCUAUCGAUGUAGAUCACACCCAGUACAAGUUUGGGCACACCAAGGUGUUCUUCAAAGCAGGACUCUUGGGUUUACUAGAGGAAAUGAGGGAUGAAAAACUGGCUUCUCUCAUCACCAUUACUCAAGCCUUGUGUCGCGGCUUUCUCAGAAGGAAGGAGUUUCAGAAAAUGAUGGAGAGGAGAGAAUCCAUUUACAUUGUCCAGUACAACAUCCGCUCUUUCAUGAAUGUAAAACACUGGCCGUGGAUGAAGCUCUACUUCAAGAUCAAGCCGCUCCUGAGGAGUGCUGAGACUGAGAAGGAGAUGGCCAUCAUGAAGGUGGACUUCACCAAGUGUAAGGAGGAUUUAGCCAAAGCUGAGACUAAGAGGAAGGAGCUGGAAGCCAAAAUGGUUUCUCUGCUUCAGGAGAAGAAUGACUUGUGUCUGCAGAUUCAAUCUGAAAGUGAGAGUCUGGCAGAUGCUGAGGAGAGGUGUGAAGGACUGAUAAAGAACAAGAUCUCGCUCGAGGCCAAAGCCAAAGAACUGAGCGAGCGACUAGAGGACGAGGAGGAGGUCAACGCCGAGCUGACCGCCAAGAAAAGGAAGCUGGAGGAUGAGUGCUCCGAGCUGAAGAAAGACAUCGAUGACUUGGAGCUCACUCUGGCUAAAGUGGAGAAGGAAAAACACGCCACUGAAAACAAGGUGAAGAAUCUGACCGAAGAGAUGUCUACUCUGGAUGACAACGUGGCCAAGUUAUCCAAGGAGAAGCUGGCCCUGCAGGAGGCCCACCAGCAGACACUGGAUGACCUGCAGGCGGAGGAGGACAAAGUCAACUCUCUGACCAAAGCUAAGGUCAAGCUGGAGCAACAAGUGGAUGAUCUUGAGGGCUCUCUGGAACAAGAGAAGAAGUCCCGGAUGGAUGUGGAGAGGGCGAAAAGGAAGCUGGAAGGAGAUCUGAAACUAACCCAGGAAUCCAUGAUGGAUUUGGAAAACGACAAGCAACAGCUGGAGGAACGCCUUAAGAAGAAAGACCUUGACUUCAGCCAUCUUGUCGCCAAAAUUGAAGAUGAGCAGAACGUGGCUGUGCAGUCUCAGAAGAAGAUCAAGGAGCUUCAGGCUCGCAUCGAAGAGCUGGAGGAGGAGAUGGAGUCGGAGCGCGUCGCGAGAGCCAAAGUGGAAAAGCAGAGGUCCGAUCUGUCCAGGGAGCUGGAGGAGAUCAGCGAGAGGCUGGAGGAGGCCGGAGGAGCCACCGCCACACAGAUAGAGAUGAACAAGAAGCGAGAGGCCGAGUUUCAGAAACUGAGACGAGACCUGGAAGAGUCGACGCUCCACCACGAGGCCACCGCCGCGGCUUUGAGGAAGAAACACGCUGACAGCGUGGCCGAGCUGGGGGAGCAGCUCGACAACCUGCAGAGAGUCAAACAGAAGCUGGAGAAGGAGAAGAGCGAGUGCAAGAUGGAGAUCGACGACCUCUCCGGAAACAUAGAGGUCACGGCCAAGGCGAAGAUGAGUUUUGAGAAGCUGUGCCACUCUCUGGAAGACCAGCUGAGUGAAUACAGGACGAAGCAUGAUGAGAACUCUCGUCUGAUCACUGAAAUAAAUGCUCAAAGGGCAAGACUUCAGAGUGAGAACGGUGAGUUUUGUCGUCUCCUUGAGGAGAAGGAGGCGAUUCUCUCUCAGAUGUCGAGGGCUAAACUCGCCUUCACUCAGCAGAUUGAGGAACUGAAAAGGCAGGUGGAAGAAGAGUCGAAGGCUAAGAGCGCCCUCGCCCAUGCUCUCCAAUCCGCCCGUCACGACUGCGAUCUGCUGAGGGAGCAGUUUGAGGAGGAGCAGGAGGCCAAGGCCGAGCUGCAGAGGGCCAUGUCCAAGGCCAACGGCGAGGUCGCCCAGUGGAGAACCAAAUAUGAGACCGAUGCCAUCCAGCGCAACGAUGAACUGGAAGAGGCCAAGAAAAAGCUCGCCCAACGUUUACAGGAAGCCGAGGAGGCCAUGGAGGCCGCCAACGCCAAGUGCUCGUCUUUGGAGAAGACGAAGCAGAGGCUGCAAGGAGAGGUGGAGGAUCUCAUGACGGAUGUGGAGAGGGCGAACGCUCAGGCCGCCAGCCUGGAUAAAAAGCAGAGGAGUUUUGAUAAGAUUGUGUCCGAGUGGAAGCAGAAGUUCGAGGAGAGUCAGGCCGAGCUGGAGGGAUCGCUGAAGGAGUCGCGCUCCCUCAACACUGAGCUCUUCAAAAUGAAGAACUCUUACGAGGAAGCUCUGGAGCAUCUGGAGGUCCUCAAACGAGAGAAUAAAAACCUGCAACAGGAAAUCUCGGAUCUGAGUGAACAACUUGGAGAGAAUGGUAAAGCCAUCCAUGAGCUGGAGAAGACAAAGAAACAAACUGAGACUGAGAAGACAGAGAUCCAGACUGCUCUGGAGGAGGCUGAAGCUUCUCUGGAGCACGAGGAAUCCAAAAUUCUCCGUAUUCAGCUGGAGCUCACUCAGGUGAAAGGAGAGGUGGAUCGCCGGCGCGCAACGCAGAGGAAAAGGCCAAAAAAGCCAUCACUGAUGUAA